UGACCAUGUGCCAUUCAAGUGGGUGCCUUGGGAGACUCUAGUUAUGAUAUCGUAUCAGUACUAAGACGACAUGGAGAUCGCGGAGGUCAACAGUAUGGUGCAUCAGAUGCAGAAGUUUACCUGGGUGGACUAUCUGGUGUUCGUGUUUAUGUUGGCGAUUAGUGCAGUGGUGGGCGUUUACUGGGGUUUCUUCAAGAAACAAAGCACGCAGAAUGAUUAUCUCCUCGGAGGGAGGAAUAUGAAGGUGGUUCCAGUUGCUAUGUCACUUGUAGCGAGUUUCGUGUCUGGAAUAACAUUGCUGGGAUCGCCCACGGAAGUUUACAUGCACGGGACGCAAUACGCGUUCAUCAUAGCAGGAAUUUUCCUGAUGUCAAUUUUCAUGACUCAAGUUUAUCUACCAGUUUUCCAUGAGCUCAAGAUUACUUCUAAUUAUGAGUACUUAUCACUAAGAUUCGACAACAGGGUGCGACUAUUCGGUUCAAUUUUGUUCGCCUUUACUUUGAUAGGUUGGCUGCCAAUUGUUAUUUAUGUUCCAGCCCUGGCUUUCAAUCAAGUUACUGGUGUCGAUAUACAUGUCAUUACUCCCAUUGUUUGUGUGGUCUGCAUUUUCUACACUUGUGCUGGAGGCCUUCAAGCUGUAGUCUGGACAGACGUAAUUCAAAUAACUGCCAUGUUUGGUGCUAUGGCCCUGGUUGCUGUCAAGGGAACUAUGGAUGUAGGUGGUUUCGGUAUUGUAUGGCAACGCAACAUGGACAGUGGCCGUAUUGAAUUACCUAAUUGGGAUCCCAAUCCCUUAUCGCGGCAUACUAUUUGGUCUCUGGUGGUUGGUGGAGUGGUGUACUGGUUACAAGCGAAUGCAGUCAACCAGACUAUGGUACAGCGAUAUUUGGCCUUACCGACAUUACGAGGAGCAAAAUGGGCAGUCUUCCUAUUUUGUAUUGGAUUAUCAAUUCUUUAUUGUUUCUGCAUUUACUGCGGACUAUUGAUUUAUGCUCGAUUCUAUAAUUGUGAUCCGUUGCAAACUAAGCUAGCAAAAGCGAAGGACCAACUGUUACCGCUACUAGUAAUGGACAUUCUAAGCGAUAUCCCAGGAUUGCCUGGAGUUUUUGUAGCUGGAAUAUUUAGUGCUGCACUGAGUUCCUUGUCAACGAGUUUAAAUUCAAUGUCUGCCGUGGUUCUAGAAGACUUCUACAAGCCAUUCAAUAGAAAACCCCUGACUGAUCGACAAUCCAAUUGGUUGAUGAAAGGAGUUGUGGUGCUAUUGGGCGUUUUAUGUGUAGCCCUAGUGUUUAUUGUCGAGAAAAUGGGGACGAUUCUGCAGUUGACUAUGACUUUAGAAGCCAUGACGAUGGGGCCUCAAUUUGGAGUAUUUACCAUGGGAAUUCUCAUGCCAUGGGUGGAUGCUACGGGUGCGUUAGUAGGUGGUGCGACGGGGUUAGCAGCAAUGACGUGGUGGUGCCUCAGCGCACAGAUGGCGAUCGCGCGCGGAGAGAUCGUGCAUACGCAUAAGCCCCUCAGUACUGAUGGCUGCACGUACAACUACACCUUGGAGGAGACUAGCAAAGCUACUGUUGAUAUUAGUGACGUAAACCCAAUGUUGAGGGUGUCCUAUAUGUGGUACACAUUAGCCGGGGCGUUGGUGACAAUCUGUGUGGGGGCCAUCGUGUCCCGCGUCAACCGGGCCAGGGGCAAGGCUCAUGUGCCCUCAGCCCCUAAAUUGCUGGCCCCGCAACUACGAAGGCUCUAUAGAGAGCCCCCACAUCCUACCGACGAGACGUAUAUACGAGCUUAUGGGAAUAACAAGGAAGCCUGUCAAACAAAUUCUACCUCAAUAAACAUGAAGCCAAUCAACGAAUGUGAAGAAGUUAGUUGAGGAGGUCGAAGCCAAAAAUAUUAUCAGUUCUGUUCAUGCCAAAGAGAAUUUUAAUAAAUAAAAACCUUUGCAA